AGGAAGAGAUGAGGGCGCGGCUUCACCUUCACUGGCACAACAGCGCCACUUUUGAGCGCUAGUCCACAUCUUUAACAACAAUAACAGAAGUUGUCAGCCAGUGGUAAAGGACAAACGAGAUAAAGGUGCCACGAGCCGUCAGUUGUUUGUAGAAGAUCAAAGAUGGUUCAAGACAGUGCUUACAUUCGGCGGCAGGGAGGCCAGGACUUUAUGGCAUACUAUGACUUUGCCUGUGCCAGACAGGAAUCAGUUCCUCUUUCUGCUGUUAAGAUGAAUCUUGAUAAAGGGAUGCUGGACUUUAAUGGAGACCGUGUCAAACUAUCAGACUGGCCACCCAUUCUCAACUCUAUCUGCAUCAACAAACACCUGCACCACGUUGCAAUAAGUAGCACAUACCAAGCCAGUCCUGCUUCCGGAGAUGCAGAGAGAAGGUACUAUAAACCUAGCCUCAGGAAGAGGAUCCCAGCCAUGCGCUCUAAGGACAUGACAUUUAAGUUGUGCAAGGCCCUGAGAGAGUGUCUGGCUGUCUCUUCCAACCUCAAGACUCUGCAGCUUAAUGGACUUCCGCUGAGAGAGAGGGACCUCAUCACCUUGACAAAGGGUUUUGCAAAAAGUGUUUCCUUGGAAAACCUAUCCCUGGCUAACUGUCCAAUCUCUGAUGAAGGCUUAGAGGUCAUUUGCCAAAGUGUGAAGUAUUCUACAAGAAUCAGGAUGGUAGAUUUUACAGGAUGCAAUCUCACCUGGAGAGGGGCAGAGCACAUGGCCAACAUCAUCAAGCAUCAGGGAAUGCAGAGGCAUGGUACCGCAUGGGCAGAGUCUCUGAGGUAUCGACAGCCACAGUUUGAGGGAAUGGGAGGUCUCCGCCGUGUCACCCUGAACUGUAACUCCUUGAUUGGGGACCGGGGUGCUGCUGCCCUUGCGCAUGAACUGGCAGAGGACCUUUGGGUUAAAGCUGUUGACCUACAGAGGUGUGGUCUGUCCAACGAAGGAGCUCGUCGUUUGCUGGAAGCUUUGAAAACCAAUUCUGCUGUUUGUGUGCUAGAUAUCCGUAGUAACCCUUUAAUUGAUAAGGUCUUAAUUAAAACUAUACUAGAGAAAGUGCUGAUGAAUGCUGACGGACAUUCACCAGAGUACUGCUGGAUCAAGCCUGCAGCCUCAGAGCCACAGAGAGCUUCUGGUCCGAAGAGGCGAGCACUACCCAGCACAGUCAGAGGGAAAACUACAUUUAGGAUAGCUCCUCGUAAAGGAACACCUCCUGGAGGCCGGAGUGCAGGCGUUGCUCAGACACAGAAGACCUGUUCCCACUCUGGUUAUGUGCCUUGGCGAGCUGCUGCACGAGCUGGACGCCAGAGAGGCAUGCCUCCUGGAGUUUGUGUGAUAGAUCAAAGUUUUCAGGGUGCAGCUACCGUGAAGGUUACCGUGGAGUCAGAUUCAGAGGAGGAUGAGGACGAGGACGAGGAAGAUGAAGAGGUGGUGGUGGAAGUGGAGCAGAGGUCAUCUUCUCUUGGUCUCCAGGAUAGGAUCACUGGGCGGAAGUUUGAACAUAUGCAGAUGGAGCUAAAAGAGUGUCGUCUCAGGCUGGCAGAGGAGCGCAGAGCCAGACUGAAAGCUGAGUCUAGGCUCAUGGAGUAUGAAUUGGAGAAUGCCCGUCUUCGUGACACCAACCUCUCCCUCUCAGAGGCGCUUGCAGCCACCGGCUCUGCGUCAGCACCGCCGGCUCUCAGUGCUCUUGAAGACGAGGCAGUGCUUGAGAGCAUUGAGAGCUCAUUUACAAAGUUCCAUGCUUUCCUGGAUCUCCUCAAGGAUGCUGGUCUCGGUCAAUUAGCUUCAAUGGCUGGAAUUGACAAGUCAGAUUUCCAUCCUCCGGGAAGACCUCAGCUCUCCUCGACAGUAGGACCAUACUUGGAUGGUGAAGCAUCGCUGACAGGGGCGGAGCACCGAGAUGUUCGGGCAACGACCGAUGCCUCGUCUUUGGUAGGCGUACGCGUCCUUCCUGCUCCCCCUGGUAGACUGGCUGACACCACCAUGCCCAGAUCGCCGUCCUCUGUCAGGGAGUUUUUGCGCGAAGACAGGCUACUACAUUUGACCUUCAAUCGGGCCUCUGGCCCGGCAGGGGACCCCGGUGUAGGAGGAGGAGAAGAGGAACCACAUAAAUAUUCAAAGCACGGCUCCCAGCAUGACUCAGGUUCUGAGCACAGUUUCAGCAGCCAAAAAUUCUUGGAUAAGGUUUCCCUCAGUAAAACUUUUCAAACUCAGUCAAGCCACCCCAAGAGCAACAGCAACUCUCACAGAAGCAACGGCUCCCAUGGAUACAGCUUUAACAACAGCUAUGCACACAGUCAUUCUUCCCAUAGCAUCGGGUCUCAUGACGGAUUGUCCCUAAGAUCAAGUGUUAGUGACAUAAUCGGUGACAAGGCAGGGUCUGUGGGAUCAGUAGGGUCAAGGAACAGCGGAGAGGGAAGGCUCGUGACAGGAGGUCAGUCAGGGUCAGAGGGGAAAGCCUAUCUUGGGAGGGAGACUCUGGAGCAGGUCAGGUCUCUGGGCCGUCUGGGAGGGCAGUCAGACGAUGAAUCCUUCUGACCCACUGACCAGAGAAAUAUGAAAAUGAGUGCCAUCUUACCUUACUUAUGAUGUAGAUAUACAUACAUGCAUACACAUAUUUCUACAGAAUCUUUUGGAGGAACCAGAAUUCGAACAUCUUCAAACUCAGUUAUUUAAUUUUAAGGAGAGCGCUUGAGAGGUCAAUGAAGAAUCGUGUUGCAUUGAAACCAAAGCACAGGUAGUCCUACCAUGUUAACAUUUGUGUUUCUGAUUGCCAAAAAAUGCAACUGUAAUUGUAGUAACAUUUUGUGCUUUUCUUACAGAUUCAUUUUGCACUUAGGGGUAUUCACAGUAAAAACCGUUUCAAUGGGUUAAAUGUGAUGAGCAGAUAUUUGGGUUCACUCCACCUCAAUCAAGUCUCAAUUCAAAUCUGCAAAAUCAAGUUCCUCCUAAAGUGAACAUGUUUCCUGUGGGAACCCAUCAAACCUUAAUUCAUCUAAAGAAGACAUUUCAUGAGAGCUUUUAGUAAAAGAAAAAAAAAGAAAAGAUUUGUCCAUUUAAAAAAAUCUUCUAUGAUGUAGAAUUGUAUUAUUUGCUGUUCCUGUAAGGAUAUUCUGCACUUACUUAAAAUGUAUAUAUUUUUUUAAUAAACAUCUUCGCUGUUUCCAAA